AUGCGAAUAGCGUGCUCCGCAGGGGGGACGGACACCAUUGAUGUGGAAGCCACUGCCGAGCGGUUGCUCCUUGCGCGCCCCGAGACCGGCGCUGCAGAUGAGCUGGCAUGGUGGGAUCUGGUCCUUCAACUCGACAGUCUCGACGUGAUUUUUACUCCAAUGCGGUUCGGCAGUCGGGUGUGGAUCUUCCAUGACUAUGGCCCCUGCUCGAUGGUGACCUUGGCGGUUGCACACGGCAUGAUUCCGCUGGCGACAGUCAUGUACAACCGGGCCAGCAAGCCACUGGCCGGGUUGAAUACCUGCCUCGCGUGCGCGGCUGCCGGCGGACAUGCUGACUUUGCCCGCCGACUUGUGGCUGAUGGCGCAGCCCUUGAUGGCCUUGAAGGCAUUGCUCUGCGACGGGCGGUGGUGACCAAGUGUGUCGCCGGCGUGGCGCUGCUCUUGGACGAGUACGGAGUGAGCCCGGCGCUCGACAACAACUUUGCCGUUGUCCGCGCAGCAUCGAGUGGAUGUGUGGAGAUGGUCGAGGUGCUAGCUGCUCAUGCGGACACCGAUGUGGCUGCGCGCGGUAACGCCGCGGUAUGUUCGGCGGCGCGACAUGGCAAUCUUGCACUUCUCCGCUCACUGCUGCAGCAUCCGGCCGUCGAUCCAACAGUGUCUGGUGACUUGCCACUCCGUGACGGGUGCGCCGGUGGCCACCUCGAGGUCGUCAAGUUCCUGCUUGCUCACCCGUUGGUCAACCCGUCAAACGUCGCACUCGGCCGUGCGCUCUGCUGCGCCGCAGACGGCGGGCAUGCUGACGUACUGGCGCUCCUCCUCGACGAGACCGGGGUUGAUCCGACCAUUGCUGACGACGAGCCAAUUGUGCGCGCCAUUCGAUCCGGGCAUGCCGAUGCGGUAGCGCAGCUCCUGAAGUCACCGGCAGUCGAUCCCAUGUCUCGCGGCGGCGCGGCGCUGGUUGCGCCGCAAAAGCCGGUCAUGUCCAAGCGCUCAGGGUUCUCCUAG